AUGAACAGUCCAACAUGUAUGAUCAAAGCCCAAAAAGAGAUUGACACAAUUGUGGGCCGUGAGCGGAUGGUGGUGGAAGCCGAUCUUUGCAAGCUUAGCUACAUCCACAAUGUUGUCAACGAAGUGUUUCGCUUGCAUCCGCCAGCGCCAUUGCUACUCUCUCGCCAUUCAACGCAACACUGCCUAGUCAACGGCUACAAGAUCCCCAAGAACUCGCGAGUUUUGGUCAACGUAUGGUCAAUUGCACGAGAUGCAAGCUUGUGGGAGUCUCCCAAUCUCUUCAACCCGGAUAGAUUUGCGGAGAGCUCGAUCAGCUUCAAGGGGAAGAACUUUGAGCUGCUGCCUUUUGGAUCUGGUCGAAGGAUCUGUCCCGGAUUGUCUCUUGGCGUAGCCAUGGUUUCGUACACUUGCUCGUCUCGUCCAUGGGUUCGAGUGGAAGGUCAGUGGCAAGGAGCUGAGCAUGGACGAAUCUCGGAAGGAGUGGCGGUUAGACGAAAGGUUCCACUUGAAGUUUUUGCAACACCAAGGCUUGCAAGCCAUGCCUACCUGUAA